AAUGGCAAUGACAGAUUGGAGGAUCAUAUUUUUUAAGUAGCCACCAACCAUUGACUCACACACUCUUAACACUUGACACUUACCGAGUUACUCUCUCUGCUGCAUUAUCACAAACACCUUAACCUCACUCUUUCAACAACUGCCACAAUGCAAGCAACCAUGGUGGUGGCGCCACAACGCCUUCUCUCUCCCUUCACAACCUCAAUCCUCAAGUCCUCUUUCUCCGGCGUCUCCAUCAACUUCUCUCCUCAAUCCCAAUUUGCAUCCCUCUCUGCCUCCGCCGCCAAGCCCCUCACCGUCGUCGCCGCCACCAAGAAGGCCGUCGCCGUCCUCAAGGGUAACUCCCCCGUCGAAGGCGUCGUCACUCUCACCCAGGAUGACAACGGCCCUACUACUGUUAAUGUUCGUGUUACUGGCCUUACUCCAGGUCUUCAUGGAUUUCACCUACAUGAGUAUGGUGAUACCACAAACGGCUGUAUUUCAACAGGAGCGCAUUUCAACCCGAAUAACCUCACACAUGGUGCUCCUGAGGAUGAAGUCCGUCAUGCGGGUGACCUGGGAAACAUAGUUGCUAAUGCAGAUGGUGUUGCAGAGGCAACAAUAGUUGAUAAUCAGAUACCACUCAGUGGCCCCAAUUCAGUUGUUGGAAGAGCAUUCGUGGUUCAUGAACUUGAGGAUGAUCUUGGAAAGGGUGGGCAUGAACUUAGUUUGACAACUGGAAAUGCUGGUGGAAGAUUAGCAUGUGGUGUAGUUGGUCUGACUCCACUGUAAAUGCAAUGAGUGUUUUUGUAGCAGACAUUUUAUCUUUUCAUUGGUUACCACGAUCUUUGAAGCAUGAAGACCUUCUAUGGCUUUUCCUUUCUUCAGUAUGGAGCAUAUUGUCCUUACAAAAAUGUGGGAGAAAUAUAAUAUUUGUCCAAUCACCAGGAGAUUAAUUAUGCUUCUAAGUGUUUAAUCCCAAAUAAAAAAUGUGAUUUCUGAA